UCCAGGCGGAUUUUACGGUAACCAAUGUACUGGUGAAUGUGGAUUCUGCGUUGGCGGGGAAUCAUGUGAUCACGUGACUGGUAUUUGCACCAAUGGCUGUAAAGAUGGAUGGAAUGGUGACAAAUGUAAAAAUAUGUGCUCACCUGGCCAUUUUGGAGCAGGCUGUUCUCAAACCUGUGGCACGUGCAAAAAUGGCGAACCUUGCAAUCACGUGACUGGAGAUUGUUCUAAUGGCUGUGAGUCAGGAUGGCAAGGAAAAUCAUGCACGGAUGCUUGCACGAAGGGGUCAUACGGCCAAAAAUGUAGUAAUUCAUGUGGUUUCUGUAAAAACAAUACGGCGUGUGAUCCAGUAGACGGUAUAUGUCCGCAAGGAUGCCAAGCAGAAUAUUACGGAGAACUCUGUGUUCUAGCGUUGACAAUUCCCGGAAAAGAUGAUAAAGUAGAAAAUAGCAGCGUAGGAGGAGACAAUCCUGACCUCUCUAUUCUGAUUGGUGGAAUUCUUGCUGGUGUCGUUGUCGUCUUCAUUGGCAUUAUGCUGUUUGUCGUCAUCAGAAGAAGGAAAAGAAACCGCCAGUCACCAUCAAAACCACAAAGUCGUCGUAACACCCACACGAACGUCGCCAUUGUUCUUAACGAUGACGGACAUUCUAUCAACACGGCGUCUGCGGCACAUUCUCCCACACCGAGCAGGGCUUCCAGUCACGCUACUAUCAAAACUAACUGCACACAAUCUCAUGUGACAGUAGAUGACCAGGAGGUUUUAUAUGUCAAUCUGAAGAAGAAAAACCCGACACCGUUACCCCUGGCUGUACCUUCUCCAAAACUAUCAACUUUCCAGAGAAAGAUUGCACAAAAUGGCAGUAUAGAGCUUGAACCAACCUAUUACAACACCAAAACAGAUCUUAAUGCACAGAACUCGGGGGUACCUGUCCAAGACUUCAGCAAAUACAUUAAAGAAAUGGAAGCAGACAAAACUCGAUUUAAAGAACAAUUUACGCAAUAUCCACACGGCUUAAAAUACCCUCAUGAAGCUGGAAAACGACCUCGGAACAAAUUCAAAAACAGAUUUGCUCAAAUGUUUCCAUAUGAUCACAGCAGGGUGGUACUAGACGAGGAUCCCACAGAACCAGAUUCUGAUUAUAUAAAUGCAAACUUUAUAGAUAGCGUUGAUUAUCCAAAUUGUUACAUAGCAACACAAGGGCCAAAUAAGAUAACAUUAAAAGAUUUCUGGCAAAUGGUUUGGCAGAAUAAAUCCGGCAAGAUUGUAAUGCUGACAAACCUGGUCGAAGAAUCGAAGAAUAAAUGUGAAAGGUACUGGCCCACUGACAGAGUCCCGUUGACACUUGGUGACCUUCAGAUUCAUCUAAACUCUAGUCAGGAGCACCCAUUCUAUACACUCCGAGUGCUGACACUCUCCAGUGAGGAGAAUCCAGAAGAUAUUCGAACAAUCAAGCAGUUUCACUUUACGGCCUGGCCUGAUCACGGAGUUCCAGACACGUUUGAAGUAGUUUCAUUUUAUAAAUGUGUUUUACGAACACCCAUAUCUCUACCGGGACCUAUGAUUGUACAUUGCAGCGCUGGUGUUGGACGAACGGGUACAUUUAUUGCAUUAGACGCCAUGUACCAUUAUGGUAAACGUGGAGGUAACAUUGAUAUUCCAACAUUUGUACAUAAAAUGAGACAGCAGAGGAUGAACAUGAUCCAAACACUGGACCAGUACAGAUUAGUUCACUAUGCACUGCAAGAGGCACUUGGAUACGGGGACACAACUCUGUCAAAAACAGCUUUCCAUUCGGAAUGUCUUAGACACAUUGAACAGUAUAAUAUAGGACAGAAAAAUAGGAUCGCCGAUGAAUUCCAGAAAUUUGAAGAUCUCAAACCAAAACUUGGGAAUGAGAACUUUUUAGCUGCUUUGAGGAAAGAAAAUGUUGAGAAGAACAGGAAUCUUAGUAUAUUGGCAGCUGAUCGGUUCAGACCAUAUUUGUCAACGUAUGUUCCAGAUACAACUGAUUAUGUGAAUGCAGUCAUGGUACCAUCGAGAAACAAUAAAAAUGGAUACAUUGUGUCGCAGCUUCCUCUGAAAAACACAAUAGUUGAUUUCUGGAGAUUGAUCUACGAUCAUGGAUCAAAUGUGAUCAUUUCUCUCAAUGCUCUAGACGAGGAUCAAGAGGAUGCGUGUGCGUGGUGGCCUUCCCUUGGUGAUUCCAUUACAUUUGGGCCAUUAAUUGUAGAGACCCUUGCUUUAGAAACGCCAUGUGCUGAAGCAACGGAAAGAACGUUUAGAAUAAUGCGAAAGGGGAUCAAAGAUUCGAAACUUGUUUACAUGAUUACAUAUAACGAUUGGAGUCUAGGAAAAAAUCUUCCCGGAUCAAUAGAAUCUUUCCUGGUUGUGAUGAGCAGGGCAAGUCUUUACCGCAAAUCUUUCCCAGAAUCACCUAUCACCGUACUCUGUCUGGAUGGUGUAACAUGUUGUGGUAUAUUUGUUAGCGCCAGUAACGUGAUAGAUCAAGUUAAUCAGGACAAUGAAGUUGACAUAUUCAAUACUGUAAGACAAAUACAAUUACGAAGACCGCAGUUUAUAAAGAACAAGGAUCAGUAUUUAUUCGUAUAUCAGACAGUAUGUAGAUACAUUGAUACAGUUACAGUAACUCCGUCAAAUGCCGUCUAUGGAAAUGUUGCUCCGCGAAUAUAAUUCAUAAUGUAACACGGAGCACUCCGUCAAUAUACGCAUAUUGUGGAUGCUAUAAAAGUGCAACUGAAGGGGUUACCAUUGGUUUCAUCUACUUCAAUGGCAUAUUUUUGCUGUUAUACAAGAUUAAUGAUGAUGAUCAUGUGGAACCGAUAUGACUAAUAAAACAUUGUCUAAUGGUAAACAGGAUUGAGCUGCAUUCAGUUAGUAAGUCGGUGCUCAAUUAUGUGCAUUUAAAUUAGCUAAAAGAAAGAAAAACAUUGGAUUGCGUGCAGUAUAGAGUAAUUAUUGUGACAAAAGUGUACGUAAAGUUACUAGUGUACGUAAAGUUACUAUAGUGUGUACGUAAUACUACUAUAGUGUGUACAUAAAGCUACUAUAGUGAUGGCAAAAGAAUUGUUGAGUUAAAUUUUGUAUGUUCUUUAUUUGCCAAAUACAAAUACAGAAAAAAAACUCUAGUCAUGUAAUUUUCUGACAUUUAUAGGUGUGUUGUUUAUUUCAACAUGUAUAUAUAAGAUGGCAUAAUUUAUAGUUUUUUUUCUGAGUCAUUGUUUCCUUAUUGUUAAAUAUGUGAAUAAAAUUUAUUGAUAUUUUUGCAUAUAUUUGUCUUUUUUUGUUGAACUCCUUCGCGACGUAGGUUUUUGACGUUAACGUUAUUUCAAUCAAAUUUAUGAAUAUGAACGCGAGUUGACACAGUGUAAUAUUUAAUUGUCAUAUUUGAAAGUUUGAUGGCUAGUUUGUAUGCAAAGUUCUUGCUUUUACAAGCAACUUGUUAAUUUCACACAAAUUUAUUAAAUCAUUAAGGUUAACGUGAGUAGGGUGAGUCAUGAUGAAAACAAUCAUGGCGGGAUCAAUAACAUUUGACAUGAAAUUGAAUUUAAAAUAUGGCCACAGUAAUAAAUGUUACGUCAUGAAAUAGAUUGUUACUAUUAUUGCGCGCGAGGUUAUUGAUAUUUCCACAAACAAAACACUUUGUUUUUUUGACAAUUUUAGUAAAAAAAUAAAUUAAUGUUUUUUGUUGUUGUUUUUUUUAAAGUUUAUUUUCGUUAGUUUCGUAUAAGUGUGGGUGUUAGAUUGUGUUUAUGGUAUAACAACGUUGAUAGUGACAGAUAGGUGUCGAAUUAUUCAUUCUUUAAUUUGUCCAUAUAGGUCUCACCUCGUAUCACAUUUGACAUUUUCAAAUUGACGUCACUCACUGUCGUAAACUGGUGUUUAAAGUAACAAAUUGCUAUAAAUAUUCCCCUAUAAUUUAGGAUAUGGAAUUAAAACAGCGGUGCUCUUGUAUU